AUGAAAAUUCUGAUACCACCCAAGAAAAAAGCACCUAAUCUGAUUUCCACGCUAUUCGAAGAGUUUUUGCUAGAAGGUUCUAGAAAACAAAGUCAACAACAAGUAGUUUUAUUUUUGAAACUCCUUAUCAAGCAGUCCGGAAAACUACGUGAAGAUUCGAAACCAACUGAAGAAGAGAGUCUGCAAUUGGAGAAUCUAAGGAAUACAUUGAAUACGCAAUGGAAAGAGAAGAGAGAUUUGAUUGGAGAAAAUAAGGUUUACGUUUGUUAUGCUAAACUUGGCUUGCUAUUCGUGUUAACAUUCCUCUGUACUUUCACUAUGGUCGUUAAACAAAUUCUAGCUGUGAAUUGCACAUGGUAUCCAUUAGUUAUUAUCAUGGAGAUACUUGUUUCCUUGGUUGUUUUGUAUCGGCUUCUGAAACUCCGUCGACAAAUCAUAGCUGCAAACCAAUCGGAUGUAGAGGAAGGUACCGUUAAACAUAUUAGCUUUGGAAAUAUGGAGUUGUCAUACACCGAAAAGUUAGAAAAAUGCGUGGAUUUCUAUUCAAAGGAAGUAAUGCCACUGAAGGAAAAAGCCAGAACACUGGACAAUCAUGUGUCUCUUUGGGUAUAG